UUUUUAUCUUUUGAAUUUCAGGUGGCUAUGACAGUGCAUAUGGGGGAGGAGGAGGAUAUACACAAUCUCCUGGAGGCUUUGCAUCCCCUUCUGCGACACAAGAUGAAAAGAAAUCGAGGACAAGAUCACAAAGUAUUAUUCCUUGUACAGUGUCUCAGUUACUUUCAGCUGAACAAGUGGAUGAUGCUUUCAGGGUCCGAGAAGUUGAACUUUCACAGGUUCUUAUUGUGGGCAUAAUCAGACAAGCUGAAAAAGCGCCAACAAACAUUCUAUAUAAAGUGGAUGAUAUGACUGCAAGCCCAAUGGAUGUGAGACAAUGGGUUGACACAGAUGAAGAAGGCAGUGAAAAUGUUGUUGUACCACCUGGGACAUAUGUGAAAGUGGCUGGCCAUCUGCGAUCUUUUCAGAACAAAAAGAGCCUUGUUGCUUUCAAGAUCAUGCCGCUGGAGGACAUGAAUGAGUUCACUACACACUUGCUUGAAGUUGUCAAUGCACACAUGAUUCUCAGAAAGGCCCAAAUGUCUCCGAAGAUGCCGGAGUCACUUCCUAUGCAAGGGAUGGGUAGCAUGUCAAGCUAUGGAGGAAAUGAUUCCAUGCCAGCGGGCGGACUGACGCUGCAUCAGAGUCAGGUCCUGAAUUUGAUUAAAAACUGUACAACGACAGAAGGGAUAAGUCUUCAAGAUCUGAAAUCCCAGUUACAUAAUAUGAAUCUGCCGACACUGAAGAAAGCUGUUGAGUUUCUUAGCAGCGAGGGACAUAUCUAUUCCACAGUCGAUGAUGAGCACUUUAAAUCUACAGAUGCCGACUAAGUAUUAGUUCCAUAAUAAUGAUUGCUCUGUAGUGGACUGGGAUCAUGAUGGUUGCAUCGGGCCUAACAGUAUUUCUGAAGGACACUCUUACAGACCAAGUGGAUUCAGUUUAGAUUAGAGUAAAAAAUGAUGCAUAUGUUGACAUCACUUUGGAAUUUUAUUUCAACUUCAGUUUGCUUUAAUAAGUACAAUAAUCAGAAAAAAAUUAUUUUUGAUCAUACUGAAGAAGCACGUUCACUACUGCAUUUCAGUGCACAGUGGCCUUAUUUCGAGAAACCUCUGAUACCUGAAAUAAAUAUAUUUUUUGAUGUUG